CAUGCCGUGUUUAUCCAGGACGCGUAGCGGUGCAGAUUACGGAGAGGCGCCAUCGGCCAGAGCUCCGGACCUUCCUGAGUUUCCAUUACUGUAUUACAGUAUUGUCGGAGUGAGCUGGCUGUCCAUCAUCCCUUGUGAUGUGUUUGCCAUACUACCACUUCUCUCUCGAGGUAUCAUUAUUUUCGCCGCUUGGUGUCGAAAGCCACGAGCCCGAGCACGAGCACGAAGGCGAGCCCCUGCGGACCGUCGGCUGAGGUUGGUCUAAAGGAGAAUAGAACGUGGAACUCGGAUACUGUACUGUAGCCCUAACUUUGUCGGACUGGAAGCGGGAAGGCUCUGCCAAUCAAAAGAAUACAUAUUCGGACGGCGUGUAUCUAAUUUAAACGUCAAGCAGCCGAGAAAAAUUGGCCAGUCCGUCUUAUUUCAGGGGUACAGUAAAUUACAGUCGUAGUACUGAAGCCACGAUUAUUAUUGGCUUUCUUUCUCAAAGUUGGGUUGGGAUGGGAUGGAUCAUGGCUGAUGGGAUGGCUGAUGGUUGAGGAUUCGAGGCCCUGGUGAGUGGUGAGGGCGGGGCGAGGAACAGGGACCGGUGCAUAAAACCCGCACGCACUAUGGAUUUUGUGCAUCGCAUCGCAUCGCAUCGCAUAACAUCGCUAGCAUUUGUUUUGUGAGUGGCAUACUCGUUCGUAGUCUGACUCUGACUGCAUGUGAAGAGGGGCAUGGGCAUGCCGCAUGCGAGAUCGCCGCUCGAAAUGCCACAGAACAUAUAUAUAUAUAUAUAUAUUUAUAUCAUAUUUAUGAUGACAAGAACAGAGAACGAUAGACCUAUCAUGCAAGUGGGUAGACUGUCAAGAUGUCUCAAGUUUCGAUAUGAUGACGCGAUAUGAAGCCGCAAUACAAUGUCGUUCUAUGACCGCUCGCUCCACACGGCGAUAUUCCACCCCACUCCAAAACUCACCCCGCCAUUACCAAAAGCCUCAACUUGACAUGAACAUCCGCUAGAAGUCUACCCUGGCAUCUUGUUCCCACGCAUUUUGCACCCUGCACUACCGCGCCUCUGUCCUUGUUAAAAUGCAACCUCGCGACCCCUCAACCAUCUCGCAGCAAGAAUCGAUACCUGAAGAUCCCACCAUCACACUCCUUGAAAGCUACAACUCUCUCAACCCCUCCACAAUCGCAACACUAGCCUCCCUUCCUUCGCCGCUGGAGUUUGUACGUUUCGUAGCACAGAAUAGACCGUUUGUCAUUAGGGGUGGAGCUUCGGAUUGGAAAGCUGUGAGAGAAUGGAAUGUCCCCAGCUUGAAACAGCUGCUCGAAGGGGUUAGUGUUAACGUUGCAGUCACGCCGCUUGGCAACGCAGACAGCCCAGUCAAAUCUCCAAUAACCAACGAACUCCUCUUCGUGAAGCCUCAUGAAGAGCAACAGCUUUUCUCCACCUUCCUCGAUUUCGUAAUCGCCCAAGAAAAGGAAAUCUCCUCAGUAAGCGACGCCUCUCCCUCAUAUCAAGAGAGACAUAUCCCAGGAGGCGAAGUCCGCUACGCUCAAACCCAAAACGACAACCUCCCCUCCGAAUACACUCUCCUCUCCUCUUUCGUACCCCCCAGCAUCCCUUUCUCCCGUAUCGCUCUCUCAUCCCAACCCGACGCCGUCAAUCUCUGGAUCGGCAACUCCCUCUCCGUAACCGCUUUACAUAAAGACAACUACGAGAACAUCUAUGUACAAAUCAUCGGGUCGAAACAUUUUGUUCUUCUGCCGCCUGUGGCGUGGGCAGGUGUUGGAGAGAGGGUUCUGAGGCCGGCUUCCUAUCGCCGCAGCCAUGGCGGGGUUGGUCAAGGGGGAAACAAGGGAAGAGAGGGGUUUGAGAUUGUAGAGGAAGAAGGUGAUAGCGUCCCGUUUGCGACUUGGGAUCCUGAUUCGGAGCUGGGUGUGGAAGAUGGGAAUGGGACGAGGCAUUCGAAGUAUGUGGAGCCAAUAAGGGUCACGUUGGAGCAGGGAGAUAUGUUAUAUUUGCCUGCUUUGUGGUACCAUAAAGUCUUACAAUCUUGCUCCAAGGAAGGGCUUUGUGUGGCUGUGAAUUAUUGGUGGGUGCAUUCCCUACUUACGGCUCCAGGUCUGUGUUGUCUUAGAAAGUGCUGUUGCUAAUGGGGAAUCGGGACAGGCAUGAUAUGGAGUUUGGGGGAAGCUUCUGGCCGAUGUGCAAUUUUGUUCGGGAUGUUGGAUUGGCUACGGGUGCAGGAUAUGGAAGUACAGCGCGGUGACCAAAGUAUCUGCGGCGAAAUGUCAGACUGGUAGCAGCUAUUUAUCAUAGGACGAGGGACAGUUGAUGACAGAGUGUACAAGGGCAAUCAGAAAACAUGUCAGAUGCAGAAUAUCAGUCACGGAAUGAUAUAACCUAAAGACAGCACAUAUUUGUA